AUGACCACCGCCGCCGCCGUCGCCGGCAAUGGCGGCAAGACAACCGCCGUCUUAGACACCUACGGAAAGCCACUAAAAGCCGGGCAGAAUUACUAUAUCGUGCCUACUAGCGGAAAGGCCACAGGAGGCGGUUUUACAUGGAAACGCCUCCCAAAAUGGCCAAAGUACCCUAAGUACUACGUGGAACAGUUAAAGCAACGCACAAACUUUGGCGACCCUAUUAAUUUCGACACUAUUAACCCCUCAAAAUCAUCUACUAUAAUAAGUAUUUCCUCCAAUAUCAAAGUCAAUUUCAGUACUUUGGCCGUACAAAAGUACGGAAAUAGUAACUGGGAGGUGGUCCGUAGUGGUAGUGAUGGUGCCAAAUGGGUGGUAGAGAUCGGAGUUGUUCGGCCCAAGAUUCUUUCGCACAUCAAAUUCACCAUUGAACGUCAUAAUAAAGAGGUUGGUUAUAUGAUCAAACAUUGUAGUAGUGAUCUUGUGUGUGGAGGUAUUGGUCUUGUUUAUGACUAUUAUGUUGGACAGAUAUUGGGUGUUAAUGCCACAUACCCUAUGGCUGUUGUUUUCGAGCCAGGCCUCUUUUUUACUGGAGAAACCUUCAAUAAGUCUACUUCUGAUACCUAA